GGAUCUCUCUGUUUGGGGUACCACAGCCUAUCCUAGAGAACUACAGGCAAAGCUCCAAGAAGGCUUUGGUGGUUUCUGCGCCCCAACUCGUAGAGCCUGUGCGCGAGGCUGGGAUUUCACCCAAGUGCAUCUGAGGAAAUGAUAUUUUAAGGCGUUUUAAAAAUACCUUGAUUUAUGAUUAUUCUGUCUGUAGAGCAGGAUUUGAUAGGCUUAACCGGGCAGGUAAGAACUUUCUCUUACUAGUCUCCUGUCGCCUGACGCAGGGAAGGUGGAAGUGGGGCAGGACCCUGGAGGAGGAAGAAGCCCUGGGCCCCGAGUGCCAUUUCGGGGCAACCAGGCGCGCGGCCGGCGGCGGCUUCCUUCCCGGAGAGGAGCCACCCUCCCUCCCGGCCCGCGGGGCCCUAGGCUGGGGCGCGCGCGGGGAGACGGCACGGCGCUCCUCCGGCUUCGCCCCGAACGUAGCAAGGGGCGAAGCGUCAAGGGACCCCUCCGAGUCAGUAUUGGGAUUUUUAAUAAACCGAGGAAUGGGAUUUUAAUUAUUCAGAAUCCAGCUCUUCUGGGUCAGAUGUUGGGAUGGUCCUGGCCACAGGAUAUUAAAGAGGCCGACCGUUUGGAGGACUGGCAAAACGUCCGAGAGGCAGCUCUGGCGAUGAGAAUGAACCCGAGACCUGGGAGCGCUGGGCAUUGAGCGCCGGUGCCCAGCUGGACCCUCCUCCCUGCGCCCCAUUGCUCCCCGCCUGGCCCCCGCCCCAGGCUCUCUCUGGCAGCAGCCGGGACCUCGAGUCCCUGCUUGGAGGCCAGGGCCGCAUUUUUCAUGAGCCCCGGGUGAACAGGUGCGAAGUGCGUCUGGAGCAUUGGGCGGACGGCCGGGCGCCGGGAACAUGGAGAACGAGCGCGACACGUACCGCCAGUUCCAGGACUGGUGCCUCCGGACUUACGGGGACUCGGGCAAGACCAAGACGGUGACCCGAAAAAAAUACGAGCGCAUCGUCCAGCUUCUCAAUGGCGCCGAGUCAAGCUCCACGGACAACGCCAAAUUUAAAUUCUGGGUCAAGUCCAAGGGCUUCCAGCUGGGCCAGCCGGACGAGGUCCGUGGAGGUGGUGGCGGCGCCAAGCCAGUGCUGUACGUGCCGGUCAAGACCACGGAUGGUGUAGGGGUAGACGAGAAGCUGUCUUUAAGGAGAGUAGCGGUGGUGGAAGAUUUCUUUGACAUUAUCUAUUCAAUGCACGUGGAAACAGGACCAAAUGGAGAACAAAUCAGAAAACAUGCUGGACAAAAGAGAACUUACAAAGCAAUUUCAGAGAGCUAUGCCUUCCUCCCAAGAGAAGCUGUGACACGGUUUCUAAUGAGCUGCUCAGAGUGCCAGAAAAGAAUGCAUUUAAACCCAGACGGAGCAGAUCAUAAAGAUAAUGGAAAGCCUCCCACUUUGGUGACCAGUAUGAUUGACUACAACAUGCCAAUUACGAUGGCCUAUAUGAAGCAUAUGAAACUGCAGCUGCUAAACUCACAGCAAGAUGAGGAUGAAAGUUCAAUAGAAAGCGAUGAAUUUGAUAUGAGUGAUUCAACACGGAUGUCAGCUGUGAACUCUGACCUUAGCUCCAAUCUCGAAGAAAGAAUACAAAGUCCCCAGACCCUCCACGGCCAGCAAGAUGAUGAUUCUGCUGCAGAGAGCUUUAAUGGCAAUGAGACUCUGGGGCACAGUUCUGUUGCUUCCGGGGGAGCACCCGGCGGGGAGAUGGGAGAGCCCAACAGUGAAAGCAACACGGGGCUGGAGCAGGAGGAGCAGCCACUGAACCUGAGUGACAGUCCCCUCUCAGCGCAGCUGACUUCCGAGUACAGAAUAGAGGAGCCCAGCAGUGAUGGGAAAAGCAAAUACAAGAACCUUCUAGUGUCUGACCUCAAGAUGGAACGGGAGGCGAGAGAAAAUGGAAGCAAGUCUCCUGCACAUAGUUACUCAAGCUACGACUCUGGCAAAAAUGAGAGCAUCGACAGAGGUGCUGAGGACCUCUCCCUAGCCAGGGGCGACGAGGAUGAAGAGGACCAUGAAGACCACGAGGAUUCUGAAAAGGCAAAUGAGACAGAUGGAGUGGAGGCUGAGCGGCUGAAGGCCUUUAAUAUGUUUGUCAGGCUGUUUGUAGAUGAAAACUUGGACCGAAUGGUCCCAAUCUCUAAGCAGCCCAAAGAAAAGAUCCAGGCUAUCAUUGACUCAUGCAGGCGACAAUUCCCUGAGUAUCAAGAACGUGCCAGAAAACGUAUACGUACUUACCUCAAGUCCUGCAGGCGGAUGAAACGAAGUGGUUUUGAGAUGUCUCGACCUAUUCCUUCCCACCUUACUUCAGCAGUGGCUGAGAGUAUCUUGGCUUCAGCCUGUGAGAGCGAGAGUCGAAAUGCGGCCAAGAGAAUGCGCCUGGACAAACAACAGGACGAGUCUGCUCCAGCUGACAAACAGUGUAAGCCAGAGGCAGCCCAGGCCACUUAUGCAACAUCAGCUGUUUCAGGCUCACAGGAGGUGUUGUACAUCAAUGGAAAUGGGACCUACAGUUACCAUAGUUACAGAGGGCUAGGAGGGGGACUGCUAAACCUGAAUGACGCUGCAAGUAGUGGACCCACCGAUCUCAGCAUGAAGAGGCAGUUGGCAACGAGCUCAGGGUCCUCCGGCAGUUCCUGCUCCAGGCCUCAGCUGAGCCCCACUGAAAUCAACGCCGUGAGACAGCUUGUGGCAGGCUAUCGGGAAUCCGCUGCAUUUUUAUUGCGUUCUGCAGAUGAACUGGAAAAUCUUAUUUUACAACAGAACUGAGUCAAAUGAUGGCCAUAUUCACUGAGGUAGAAAUUUGCAGUUUCCACUAAUGACUUUUUGAUUUCCCAGCAGAGAUACUUCUGGUCUUACUGCACAGUCUUUUAACAGAAAGACUUCCACUAUGCCACAUUGUCCUUGAUCCAUAAAGCGAUGUGUUAAGGUGCUUCAAAGGAACUCUGACCUCUGAAGUACUUGAAAUACUUUAAAGUGUCCAGCCGAUGGCUUUUCCUUUUAGUAUGUCAGCAUAAAUAUUGGUGGCAAAAAAGGCUGUAUAUUCUGAAUUCAAGGAUAAAACAGAGGAACCGUGUGGUAUACAUAUAUAGAUAGAUAGAUCUAUAUCUUAAGUUCAAGAUCCAAAUGCAAUGUUGGUGGAAUUUGCUAGUGACUCAUGGCCUGGAGAGUUGCAGUAACUGGCACACAGACAUUAAAAAAGGCCACCUUUCCUCUUGCUAUGGGGUAAAACAACAAUGAAAAGGGUCUUGUAUUUUAAAAAAAAAAAGCAUAUAUGUAAUUUUUAUAAAAAGAAAACUUGUUUUGCAUUCAAAAAUUGUCAUUUUUACUUUGGUAACUUUUUCAUAGGUCCUAAAGAAAACUGUUUUGAGAAACUACUGUACGUACCUUUUCCACAUAGCUUUGCCUUCUCCUCUUUCCAAAAUCUUUCUACAAGAAAAUAACAAGGCCGGAAACCCCUUACCUACUUCUUUAAAUCAUGACUUCAGGAAUGACUUCUAUGAGAAGCCUGUCUCUCAAACCCCCCACUCAACACUGCAGCUUGACCAUAAGCAGUCCUCGGCGCAACAUUUUUUUUAAGAGGAAAAGAGACAUAUCUUUGAAGAUCACAGCUGCUCACUCCUGGUUGCCGCUUCUGUCUUACAGCCAUCUCUCUAGCAGCAACUGGACUAGAUGACGGAAUGUUAAGAGGUUGCAAAUGACAAUCUGAAAAUGUGCACUCUUGAGGGUAGUUUUCUUUUCAGUUCUCUCCUCCAGAAAUAGUUUCCAAACUGACUGUUACCUCUCUUGAUAUGAUUUGUAUCCUUUCCAGUCUCUAGGUUACAAAGGAUAUAAAGUACUCUUAGCAGCUGCAGCUGCAAACUUACUCCCGGUCCCCAUACGUGACCCUCCUUUUUAUUUUAUAGUGCCGACUACCCAUGAAUGGUGUUUUCUCUGUGCACUGAGACAAGCCUAUUUUUAAGAAUGCUUAGGGAGAAGUAACUUUAGUUCAUGCUUCUUGUACUAUUUUCUGUUGUUUAGAUUUGGUUGGAUUACAAAUUCCUUGUGCAUUCCUGAGUCUGCCUUAUUUCACUUAUGUAAUUUAUGUAGCUCCAUUUUCGACAAUGAGUUUGAGGCAUCAGUGAUAUUUCUGACUACUUAUUGCCUAUAGUUUUUCAAGUAAUGACUGUGAUUGUGACCCAGUAAUGUGCACUUUUUCUUGUAACUGUGGACAUUGCUAUGCUUUUCUUCUAGUGUUUCUAGAAUUACCAUUCCUUACAGUUACGAAAACAAAUAACCAGACAAAAAAAAAACCCUUUUGUGAUACUGUUGGUGAAUAUAAUGUGAAAAUCUUACUGAAAUAUGAGUAUUUUGGAAAUACAUAGAUGCACAAACAUCUUUUAAGGUGUGGACUUUAGAAUUUGCUUAUUUAAAUGAAAAUUCAAAAAUUGAGGGCUGGUAUAAUUUUCUCUGUUUUGUUUGGUUUAAUAAACAGAUUUCUGUGUUAAAACCAUGAUUGUGAAACCUUAUCAAUGUCCCGAAGCCAGAGCUAUUGUAGUAGACUGCAUCCCAGGUACUAAGUUGUAAAUCCUGCCCUGAUUGUACAUCCUGCCCUGGGACUUGGA